AUGAACUGAGCGGAACAGACGGGCUUGGGCGAGCCGAGAGCAUCGAGACUCACUGGGAUACUAGCUGCGCACCCUUCCGCUACGCAAAUUUCCCCUUAGGUCUUAAAGAAACGUCAAAGUGCGACUGUAAUUUUUUCGCCGUUCGGUCUCUUGCGUUUUAUAGAGCCAGAUAUACAACUUUACCAUCUGAUCUGUGAUCAUCUGAUCACAGAAGCGUUUGUUAGAAAUUUACUCAUCCGUCGGCGGAGACGAUGAUUUUUGCUCAUUCCGGCCACACAGUGAGGACGUCGUAUAACCGUAAACAGCCCCCUGUUGGCCCUACUUCCUACCCAAUGGCUCCGCCCAGUCCUGGAACCAACAGCACCAAUCACAGCAGCAGUAGCAGCAGCACAGCCGGAUGGGAACAGCUCAGCAAAACGAACCUUUACAUUCGAGGGUUGCAACCGUCAACCACCGACCAUGACCUGGUCAAGCUCUGCCAACCGUAUGGAAAAAUUGUAUCAACCAAGGCCAUCUUAGACAAGACCACAAACAAAUGCAAAGGUUAUGGCUUUGUGGACUUCGACAGCCCCGCCGCCGCUCAAAAGGCUGUCAGUGCGCUCAAGACCACUGGAGUACAGGCUCAGAUGGCAAAGCAACAGGAACAGGACCCUACUAACCUGUACAUAUCAAACCUACCGCUAUCCAUGGAUGAGCAAGAGUUGGAGGGUAUACUGAAGUCUUUUGGACAGGUCGUGUCCACACGCAUCCUGCGAGAUAGCAACGGGGCCAGCCGAGGGGUCGGUUUUGCAAGGAUGGAGUCUACAGAGAAAUGUGAAGCUGUCAUCUCACAAUUCAAUGGGAAAUUUCUGAAAACUCCAGCCGGAGUAAUGGCUCCGUCAGAGCCGUUGCUGUGUAAGUUUGCAGAUGGAGGACAGAAGAAGCGGCAGAGUCACAAUAAAUACAUUCAGAACGGUCGAGGAUGGGCGAGAGACGGCGAGGCGAGACUCACUGGAAUGACCCUCACAUAUGACCCUACCACAGCUGCAAUGCAAAAUGGAUUCUAUCCGACCGCCUACAGUAUUGCAAACAGAAUGAUCACACAGACUCAAAUGUCUCCAUACAUCUCACCUAUGUCCACAUACCAGGUACAGAAUCCAUCCUGGGUCACCCAUCAGCCAUACAUCUUACAACAUCCGGGAGCUGUGCUAUCGCCCUCCAUAGACCCAUCCAUGUCAAUGCAGCCCACGUCCAUGAUGGGUCCUCUCUCUCAGCAGAUGAAUCACCUCUCAUUGGGCAGCACAGGAGCUUUUAUGGCAGCUAGUCCAGCUCUCCAGGGUCAAUACAUCACCCCAUACACACACAUGCAGGCUCCUGGAGUCUCUGUCGAGGAGAACAGUCCACAAUCCCAGGUGGAAUCCAGCAGCGAUCAUUCACCGUAUCCAUAUCAACAAAACAAGUGAUGCAGAGGAUUCUUCAGGACUGUGAGAGAGAGCGACCUCUGAAUCAGUAACACCUUCAUCUGAGGACCGGCUCCACCCAUGAAUCAACAUUUGCACAGAUGCUACAAUGAGUUCCUCGGUUUUGUAAUAAAACUACUUCAACUAUUUUGGUAUAGGUUCCAUUAGGUGCAAAUAAGUGAUUUGUUUCAUCAAAGGACGCUAGCUCUCAAAGACAAAAACAAAACAAUGAAAUAGGGGGAAAAGUUUUAUUUUAGUAAGGAAACCAUGAUUAUUUUCUACCAAGAAACUUAAUGAGAUGUCCAUUGUAAUUCUUUUGUUUCAGAUUUGUGUUCUUUCUCUCUGUUUUCUUUUAUACUGAAACAGCCGUGUGUUUUAGUUUGUUUUGAGGGACAUCCUGAGGCAGACGUGCGAGUGUCGGUGAUGUGUUUUCUGUCGUGUGCUACGUCCUGACGGUCUGACCGAUCGGUUCGUCUUUUACAAUUUGCCUUAAAUUUUCCUGUAUAGUAGAUAAAGAGGAGCGCGAGAGGACGCCAGCUACUGCCUUGUAAAUCAGCUGAUGAAUAGGGCUUUUUUAGCAUCUAGCAAAUGAAAAUUUCCGCUGUGCUUGGACUUUGGUGUUUCGCUUUUUUCUGAUCUGCUUUUAGAGUACAAUCUGUUUUGAGUGAUAAAAUCGAUGGCGUUUUAAUAGGAUUUAAUGUUUAUAUAAUCAGAGGUAAUGAUCCUUUGGUUGUUUGAAUGUGGUAGAAAUUCUGCUGAACGAUCACGUUUUUUGAGAAAUGCCUUUGUUUUUGUUGACAAAAAAAAAUCUUGGUGUUGUAGUUUAGCUUGUACUUGCGUGGACGGGGAAUUCCUUUGACUUUUAUUCCAGUUGUUGAGGAGGGGGUGCGGCCUGUCAGUCAGACCGGACAUCGUGUGAUGUAUACGUUAAGAUGCGGGCGAGCGUUUCUCGUAAACCUCUCAUGAUGGCUUUUAAGGGAGGGUCUCGGGGGGGGGGGGGCAGGGGGGGUAUUGGGGUGAACGUGUAGAUUUUAGUGCUCGUUUCUAGGAGAUAAAUAAAACUCGGCACUUUCCAGUUUACUUCACCAAAGACAGUCGUGCAAAAUCAAGGAUAUGACGUCAUUUUCUCUCAAGGCGGGCCAUGCUGAGACUUUUUAACUGACGAGAUUGCGGUUUGAAGAACGUGCCUUCUUUGUACAUAUGCAUUCAGCUGUCUUUAGUUGUUCAGGUGUCGACGAGGAUAGCAUGAAGGACGGAUCCAGCAAGUGCCACAAUCUAAUGAAAACAUCACUACAGAGUGGAGACAUGUGAAACUAGAAGACGCAAAGCGGACAGGGUUGAAGGUAUGGCUCUGUUUGGAAACCUAGUGGGCUUCCUUGCUGUCUUCUAAGGCAGCAUCCGAACACUCUACGUUGGUAAAAACCCGACCUUAUAAACGAGAGGCUCAUCCCAUGCCUUAACGUUUUUAAAGUAGACAGCACGCAUGUAAUGCCUUAAAAUGCUGUCUAUACAGGCCGCUCACUAUGUUUUGAAACAGAGCCUUGGAAACAAUACACAUGUAGAUCACAGCAAAAACAUCGUUUGACAGGAAAAUCCUUUUUUAUCACAAUAUACGUUUAGCAGGACUUUAUUGAUUAAGUUGUCUUCCAAAAGACUGCGUUUUGACCUGGUGGUCUUGUUGACCAUUAUCUACCUCAGAGUUUUGUUCUCCUCUGUUUUGAUUGGUCGGGCUAGCAGGUUCAGCCCACCCCUCCAGACCAAACGACAGCUCAGGAGCUGUCCAGAUACACUUGAUUUCUUUCAGGUUUUUUUUUUAAUACUUUUAUGCUCUUAUUCUUCCUCAGACAAACUUUUUUUAUUAUCGUUAUAAGGAACGUUGUGCGUUGAACGUGUUUUAGUCUCGUCUAUCAUACAGAUUCAUUGUUUCGAAGGAAAAACUGCUGCUUGUCCAUCACAGAAUAUUCCAGUAGUUCAUGAAGUCCAUAGCAAAAGAAAGUGAGAAUGAGAGAGUGGCAGGUUCAUUUGUCUACCCGUGAAAGUUCUGUCGUUAUUUUUAGUACCGUGUGUUUUUCCAAAUCCAUCAACUGUUAUUUUUACAUUGGAACACAAAAGAGGGGGUGCGUUUUUUCCAUGAGCGUACAUUUUACACACAAACCUGGCGAAUGGCUGAGGCGCUUGUGGAAUAGAGCACACUAUCACAAGGACCACUUAAAGGGAAAGUUCACCCCAAAAUACACAUCAUUUAUUCUUUUUAAAAAGAUAUUGAUUUUCUCCUAAAAUGAAAGACACGAAAAGUUUGUUAGGUUAAAUAAGUACGUUAUUUUGGCGUUCUUGCCUUUAUUAGUGAAGAGUAACAGGACCAGAAGUGAAGUGGGUGAGAGAGGGGGUGGGAUCGGGAAAGCAUCACGACCCGAGACUCGAACUCGGGUCACCCGCAGCACAACAGCGCUAUAUGUCAGAGCACUUACCACAAGGCUUAAGGCUCUGACUUAAGUAAGUUAAAAUAAAGAAGACAAAUGUGUAAGUGUUAUUGUUUUUCUAAACUAAUUUUACUGAAAAUGUUUGAGAAAAUUUAAAUCUGUAAGUGCACAUUGAGAUAUUGUUGAUAUCUCUUCUGAAACAACAGGACAGGCACUAGAUCCUUUUUUCGCAUGAGAAGAACUGAGAACCUGGAGACCAGUUGCUUUCCUUCUAGUCUCAUUGCUGAAGUGAAGGGGCUCCAGUGUUGUUUGGGUACCAACAUUCUUCUAAAUAUCUUCUUUUGUGUUGUGCAGAAAAAGUCGCACAGGUUUAGAAUAUCAAUGAACUUUCAUUUGAGGGUGAACUGUCUCAUUAAUAGUGCUUUAGGUUUGACAGAUGUGUGAAGAUUCUCAUUUUGUGUUUCACAGUAAAGACACCAGUGUGUGGGUUUGAAAUAACAGGUCAGUCAUAGACUUCGUGCUCUAGAGACGUUGCUGUUUUUCCAUAUGCGGUGUUAUCCACGGUGCUCAGCUCACAACCGCGUCCGCUUUUGAAGCGUGUGUGUGUGCGCGUGUGUCUGUGGUACCGUCUGAGAGUCACUGUGGAGUUCUUGUGUGGGUCAUGCUGCUAGUAACAUCUGAAUCCAAAGUGCCAAUCUGCGUCUGGCUCAAAAGGGUUGGAAAGUACGUGUGCAGAGAGAAAUGCUCAAGAAUAUGAAAAAUCAUGUACUAGACAGCCAUUAAGUUAUAUGACAAAGUAAUAAUUUAUGAAGAGAGAAGUUUUGUACAGACUGUUUGAAAAAUGAAAACGAUGAAAAAGAUUUUCAUAGAGAUAUCUAUAAGAGAGUUAAUUUUGUAAUUUUUUUCCUGUGUUUGUUUUACACGUGCCACACGCUUGCCAGUGGUAACUUGUAUGUUUUGUUUAUUAGAAACCUUCCUCUGUAUUUUCUUUUUCUUUCUGGAGUGUUUGGUUAAGCCAAAAAACUUUCCCCCUUUGUUUUGAGUAGAUAAAUAAAGCUUUCUGUUUAUUUCUUUGAGGACUUUUGAAUAAAAACACAAUUUUUGUUUUA